UGCUUCAAUCAUAGAUAUGCUUCAAUAAAGUCUUUGCUCUGGUUUUCCGAUUGUUUUUCUUGAUUCAGUAGCGAGACUAUGGAACAGUGCACUAAUGGAUCAAUCCGCUUGCUCCAUGUGUCAAUGGUACAGUUCGCCUCUAUAGUAUAGCGAAUCAAGCAGUUACUUCUGGAGAUAUGGACAAGUUCAAGAUAUUCUUCUUAUGGUGAGUGGAUUUUUAAUCUUCUGAAGAUUAUAAUGAGCAUACAGUGGAUCAAGAUAUUCAUCCCAUUUUCUUCAUUCAUUUAAUGAAGUAUUACUGGUUACUGAUGUAUCCUGUUCUCCAACUAAUGAAAGGAUUCAAGAUUGUUUAAUUACUACACGCCACCUUCAUCCUGUGGUGUCUUGAAUGUUUUAAUUGUUAGAUGUCAAACUGGUAUAGAGCUCAGGAUAUGGGUGAAUCAACGAGUGUAUUUGCAAUGAAGAGCAACAAUGAUUGAGAAGGCUGUGAAGUCAUGUAGCAGAACUGUCCUCAACAAAAGGCUCCUAGUUGAAUAAUAGUAGGUCUAGAGAACUUGAUAUGUUUUGUUUUAUAUUUAAAAUAAAGACGAGUAAAUACAACAAGAUUCAAAAGAUAUUAAGUGAUGCAUACCUUUCAUUUCAAGUGAAAAAACCAUUUAUAAUCUUCCAGAGUAACUGAAAAUUUUUUUGAUAAACUCAUUGCCAAAUUUCAAAAUGCUAUCAUUUGUAAGGAAAAAGCUAUAAGGGGUGAUGGUGGUUUUUCUCAACUAAAAUUGACUAUAGAUUCAUUUGCUAUACUUUUACACAGUAAUGUGUACAUGUAUGUUAUGCAAACAAUACUCUCAAUCUCAUGCAUCCUGUAUGGUCAUAACAUUAUUGGACAAUGCUCUAUUGUGAGUAGUCAUGAGGGCAUGCAUUCAUUUACUAUACUGUACGUGUAUGUUAUGCAAACAAUACUCUCAAUCUCACGCAUGCUGUAUGGUCAUAACAUUAUUGGACAAUGCUCUAUUGUGAGCAGUCAUGAGGGCAUGCUAUACUGUAUUUUAUAUACAUGUAGAUUAAGGCCUCAUUUACUCUAAUAAACAAGGCUGUUUUUAUUAUGUGCAUUCAUUAGCAAUAUCCAGCAGCUGCAUUAUUUAUCAUUAUUUUGUUUAUCUGUUUUGGUAUUGCUUUUUGUCCUUUUGAGUUUUAGUGCAUAUGAAACUCAUAUCCACCAAAAUUACAAAUGUACAUGUAGUUAUGUCAACCAAGUAUUACCAAGUGCAAUGCACUCCUGUAUUUACUUGCUGAUAAUUGUAAAUUCACUAUGACAUGACUGAAGUACUUGUAUUGAAACUUCCAUUCUGUAUGCACUGUAAUAAAUGUUGUAUGUACUCCAACCUUCUGUUGAUGUAAUAGUAUAAUAAGCAGUGACGCAAUGCAGUCUUGUUAAUAUAAGAGCAGGGGUUUGAUCAGUUGAUAUUCCUUGCCCCUCUCUUCAAAUCUUCAUACAGUGACAUGGCAUUCAUUUUGAGAGGUAUCGAUAGUUCAACCGCAUAACUUGCAAGUUAACUAUCAAAUAUAAAGUUAUGCAUGCUUUUGAUAUGAAUUUGUUAUUGACAAUACUAGGUUUGUUAUGAUGUAUGUCUAAAAGACUGGCCUCCUGGCCUGGCUACUUUUGCUUUCAGUUUUGCAUAGCCAGACUCCUCCCUCAUACACAUGUAGAUCUACACACGUAUGCCUCCCUUUCUUGACCUUUGUCAAAAGGGAGAGAAGUCUACUUUCCCUAUAGAUACUACAUGCUAGCAUUGUUAGUGCAAUAAACUUGAGUUUGUUUUACCAACAUAGUGGUGAAGUACUCUGCUGUAGUUGUACUGUUUGACAACACAUAAUACAACUUAUACAUAGUGCAUUAGGUCUUUUGUCUUGUCUCUCUUGAGAACAAUAAGUGAAUCAGAAGAACAUGUUUCCUUCCUCUUUCCUCCUCUUACUGUAUAAAAGUAAUGAGACCAUUUGCAGUAGACAGGACUAGUGAGGAAAAAACCUUUUCAGUGUAAAAGAGACAAGAUGUUUACAAUUUCAGCUAUUGAUCCAGCCCUAAUCAUACUGGUCAAUAUAUAUGCUGAUCAAUUUAGUGACAGGCAAGAUACCAGUGUCUAUAAUAAUGGUGUGAUGCAGGUCAGUGUAUUCGUUUCAGUCAACUACAAUGGAGAGGCAAGUGAUGACGAGAUAAUAAAAUACGUGCAAAAUAAAGUUGUUAUAUAUUCGUUGAAUUAUGGAGAAAAUGUUCAAUGGCAAAAAUCUACAAUUGAUAAUGGUUUUCUUCAUGAUACAGAACAUGAUGCGAACGAAAGCCCAUCAAUACCUCCUAAAAAAUCAGAUAUAAGAGCUGUCUUGUAUUUCACUGUACCAGGCGGUACUGCUGAAGGAGAGCACAAGUGGAUUGCUAAGCUGGAUGGCCAGCAGACCAGUACCAAAACAGCACUAACUAUUACCGUUGAACCGUUCGAAAUUUCUGCAGGAAAUUUAGAGCUUGUAAAAAAAGUAACAGUGAAUUGUGCUGUAUUGUAUGUACUGAAGUACAAGAAAGGUGUGUUCCCAAUAGCACAAAAAUUGAGGAAUUGUAUUGAUUUCAAAGGAAUGAAGUUCAGUGGAACUGGUGCUAAUUCAUGGGUCUCAAUGGUAAUGUCAAACAAAGGUUAUAAGUUGGGGGCUUUUGUUGAAUACAGAGAAACAAGUAACAUACAAAUAGGUAAGGCUUUCCAUGAAUAUUCACAAGAUGAAUUGGUAAUAAAGGGCUCUGGUUUUGAUCUUUGUCAACAAAGCUACGCUGCCGAAAUCUUUUCCUUGUGUAUAGAUGAUACCUUGGCCUUGGAUCCUGCAGAUGUUGAUGCCGCCUGGAAUGAAGGAGUAGUUAUGCUACAGGUGCGUGAGGAUGGUCUAGGUAUUUGGUGUAUGAUACAUCUUGAUGUUGAAGAAAAUGAUUUUGUAUUUCAAGACACCUUUGGUGGCAGGGUGGAGGUCAACAUUAACUGGGAUGCAGGUGACUCGUGGGGAAUUUGGACCAUUAGGUCGGCUAAAGUUGUAUAUCCUUAAAGAUAACAUUGGCUGGAGGUCAUAAACCUAACUACAUGAAUCAUUAACUUAAUUUGAUUUUAGGCCUUUUGUUUACUAAUAUUUUGCUACAUGAGUUGAUAAUUUAAUAUGAUUUAGGCCUUUUUCUUUAAUAAUUAAAAUUAUAAAUUUUAUUUGAUUUGACUGCUUUUGCUAUUAUGUAAAUAUAUUACUUGUGCUAUGUAUUAGCAAAUAGCAAUGCAGCUGUAUAGUUGCAUGUGCUGAAAAAACCUCAAUUCAAUCUGUUGACUUCACUUGAUUUGUGUGAUGAUCCUUGAUGUAUGAAGUUUUUACUUCAAUCACUUCAUAUUGCAAAAUUGCACAUAAUGAUGUGAAUCAGAUGAGAAAAGAAUAGCAGACAUUCUUGUUCUCACAUGUACACACCAAAUAUCACCAGUUUAGCCAAUUUUGAGCUGGCAGAGCAGAAUCGUGGCUUUUGUAUCUAUUCAAGGACUACUCAAGAUUUAAUUAAAUGCACAUGAUUGACUACCAUGACAUAGGAAUUUGUGGAUAAUGUGAGUGAUAAGUGUGUAAUAGUUUUUAUUGAAAACACUGAUCAACCAAAGUCCAAAGUGAUAGAGAGGAAUAAUAAAUGUGUGCGUGCGUAAAAGAACCAGAAAAUGCAUGAAACAAAAUCAGCUAUAUACAAACAUGCAUAUGAUUAAAUAAUUGUGGUUACAAUUAAUGAAUGACAUUAUAUUACAAUAAUGUGACAUAGUGAAAUUGACUCCUAACUCUCUCUCUCUUUUCUUAUGAAGUUUUUAAAAAACCGUCUGUAUUAUCUCUUAAGUGUAAAAGUAAUCUUUUUUCUCAUAAAAGUUCAAAAUCAACGUCGAAUCUACGUUACAAAAAUGAAUGUUAAUUAAUGCAUGCACACCAAUCAUGAUUAACUAAACAAAUGUAAGACAUGAAGGGAGUGAGCGGCUACAAAUA